AUGGUCUCUGGGUCUGCGGUGGGUGUGUUAGAUGCCCAGUUUCCAGGACGAGGGGGCGCGGGCGGCGGGGGGGCCGUGUUGGACCCAGGCCAGGGCCCUCCCGGGCGCCCGGGCUCGGCCCCGCCACCGUCCUGCCUGCAGCACGAGUUCGAGUCUCCGCUCGCCAGCAGGAGCGCGGAGCCUCCGCGGUGCUACUCCGAGGGCAGGGGCUGGGAGACGAGGAGCGCGCAGCCCCCGCCCACCACACGCGCCUCCGAAAAGCUGGCGGGGAGCGUCUCCAGGAGCAGCUCUGCGCUCAGAAAGGAGAGGCCGGAUGGCAGCUAUUGCGAGUGGUUCGCGGCCGCCUUGGGCAACCUGGAAUGGCUGCGGUUCUCUCUGAAUCAGGACCUUAAGGGAAUCGUCUCCGAUCACAAGGGUUUCACUGCCAUCCACUUUGCAGCCCAAAAAGGCAAGCUAGAGUGCCUGCAGGUCUUGGUAGAGGAGUACGAGUUUCCCGUGGACCUGCGCACCAAAAACGGCCAGACACCACUACACCUCGUCAUCCACAAGGAAAACAAGAACGUGGUCCUCCCGUGCAUUCACUAUCUGCUUGAGCAUGGGGCAUCCCUCAACAGUAAGACACGCAAUGGCUCCACGCCGCUGCACCUGGCCGCCCGGGAGGGCCUGCUGAGCUGUGUGAAGGUCCUGGUGAAGAACGGCGCCGACGUCCACGCCCACGACGCCAUAGGCUGCAAGCCCAUCGACUACUGCAAAAUAUGGAACCACCGCGUCUGUGCCCGGUUCUUGAAGGAUGCCAUGUGGAAACGGGACAAGAAGGACUUUGCCUGUGAGAUGGGGAAGCUGAAGAGGCUCAAAGGCCAGCUGGCCCUCAUGGAGCAGGACUACCAGACUGAGUAUCAAAGAGAACAACGGAUCCUGAGUCAAGCUGAUUUCAAGAAGUGGUUCCAUCGCAAGCUACUGCCUCGAGACCAACCUCUGACCCACAACAUCAAGCAAAAGCCCCACGCCCCUGCUUGGGCCCUCCCCGUCUCCAAGAUCCCCAAGCUGCCCAGGCGCUUCCACCUCUCCCCAGAACACCUGCAGCAGAUACCGCAGCCCACCCUGCUGACACCCAGGCCCCUCUAUAAGCAGCCCAUAGUGAGGCAGCACAAGCCGUGGAACAUUAGCAACAACCCGGCCAGGUCCCCCACCGCCCAGCUCGGCUCCCCGCAGACCAUCCGCAUGGGUGUGCACCCAGACCCCUGCCCCGAGCACGACUUCCGCAGGUUCGUCAAGAUCAGGUCUGACGGGCAAGGUGGAGCGCAGCUGCGCACGGUGGCUGGCAAGCAGGUGGCCCCCGUGCCCCGGCUGCCCCUGGAGGUGGUAGUCCGGGAGCUGUACCCACAGGCGCGGCCGUGCAGGAUGAAGGUGCCCCAGGGCUUCCACUCGGUCAGCAUCAGGGACCUGGACCGGAAGCGGCACAUGGGCGACAACACUUUCUGGACCGACACUCUGGCCAUGAGCUUACGUGAAACGUUUGAUGACACCUUCGUGGCAACAGUGCAAGCCCACCAAGGGCUCCCCAUUCUGCCCUGCCCCUAA